UACGGUAACCGCGGCGGCGACGACUCGGGCAGCUACCACAUGGCAGUCUCACCGGACCUGCCCGACGAUGGCCGCACCACCGACGGCCGGCCACGGGUGGUGCGCAACGUGAAGAAGCCAGGGAAGAAGGAGAAGAUGGACCUGGAUGAUCUCAAGAAGGAGGUCGAGAUCGACGACCACCGCAUUCCCCUGCAGACGCUCUGCUCACAGCUCAACACCGACUCGGAGCUGGGUCUCACCAAGCAACAGGCGGCGGAGAUCCUCUACCGCGACGGCCCCAACGCCCUCUCCCCACCGAAGCGCACCCCCGAAUGGGUAAAAUUCUCGAAGAACCUCUUCGGCGGCUUCGCCAUGCUCCUCUGGGUCGGGGCCCUGCUCUGCUUCCUCGCCUACGGCAUCCAGGCGAGCUCCUACGACGAGGUCCAAAACGACAACCUCUACCUGGGCAUCGUCCUCGCCACCGUCGUCAUCGUCACCGGCAUCUUCAGCUACUACCAGGAGGCGAAGAGCAGCAAGAUCAUGGACUCCUUCAAGAACAUGAUCCCCCAGUACGCCACUGUCGUUCGAAAUGGCCAGAAGUUCACCAUUCCCGUGGAGGAGGUGGUGGUCGGAGACCUGAUCGAGGUGAAGGGGGGUGAUCGAAUUCCCGCUGAUAUUCGA